UGUCAUGAACUUGCGAGCACCUCGCCGUAUAGAUCAUUGAUGACCUCUGUGCGCCGGAGGAGCGUGGGAUAUACGUGCUGCGCACUUCCUUGGUACAAGAGGUGAGUGCGUCAGUCUGCCCUAUUUCGUCCUUUCCGUAUCCUUCUCUCCUUCGUCUUUUCAAGGCACUGAGUGCCUUUUAUAUUUUGUUCUUUGGCUGGCCCUAUCAUCCGCGAUGCUCUCCUCCAAAGCCGUUUUAUGCUUUGCUCUCUUCGUGUGCCUGCCAGUGCUCAGUGCCCCCGUCGGGUAUGGCUACUCGCUCCCUUCAUUGUGGCACUCUCAACUGACCAACACGCCAAAUAGCUACCUCAAUCCGAGAGAUGCGCGCAAGACUCCGUAUGUCCCCCUUAACCGAAUGGAAAACGCUGAUGAUGACCAGGCCACACAGCGCAAAAGGACCCCCCGGUUCGGGAGGUCCGCCGCCGGAAUUGGGGUUCGGCACAAUGGGGUCGGUCGACGACGUGGACGUAUCGGCUCUGAAGCACCAGUAUGAAGGAAGUGCGAUAUGACUGCAGCACUUCACACUCUUCAGUGGACACCUUGAGCAGGCGGCAGAGC